UUCCCCUUUCGUGCUGUAUGAGAAGAUUAAUUACUAUAGACAAUAGCCUAGGGAAAUUCAGUCCCUCCCUGUCCCUGACUUAUUUUCUCCUUUUACUUCACUUGCUCCAAGUCAGACACUGACUUAAGCAUGUCAAACCGAAGAAAAUUAGCCUAGGUAUCUAGGCUAGACCGUUUUUAACAAGUGCAUUUGUACGGUGUACACGCGUGUUUUUAAGGUGUGUUUUUUUAACCGUGUUCAGAAGGUAAAAAUGCCGCAACACGGAGACGUACGGAGACUAAAAAUGGCGCGCAGACACAGUAUCCGGUCUCGCGGCAUCGCACGCAUUCACCCUGACGCGCGCUUGACGAGUAGCUUUUUAGAUUUGGCGCUAACGUAUGAUCUGCUCGGUUGAAGUUCCGUUUGCAUUAGCCUACAGAAUACUCACUUAAUUUGAACUAUAAGAAGUAUACUGUUAAAUAACAGGGUAAAGGGAUAUACAGUGAAAUGUCGAUAGAAGGGUAUCCAGUCACUAAAGUGUGUCUUAUUUACAAAAUUAUGGUUUUGGAAAAUGUCCGUUAUAGAUUGGAGGAAGAGCUCCGGAUUUUCACGAAAAAGGCAAGUGAAGAUGUACAGAGUUUCUUGAGAUCCGCCAAAGAAAGCUCUAGGAUGAAUGGAGUUAAGCUUCUGAAUGAAUUGGAUGUGAAAUGUACCGUCAUUGAGAGGCUUACUGGGUUAUUUCGUCAACUGAUUGCCGAGCCAGAAGAUCGUUCACUGAUCGCUAAUCAGCCGAAUAAUCAUCUGCAUGGGCCAGUACUGAAAUGGGGCAGAAAUGUAAUGAUUUCCAGCAUUUUGAAGUUUGGACCAAUGCUCCACAAUGUUGUAUUGGCCACCUCUAUUACUAAUGCAGUACAGACUCUUGGAGCUGCUCUCACCAUACAGCAAAUUCAGACAGUCUUUACCUCUUUAAUGUCGCAAGCACAAGUGCAGAUACCUAAUGCACUUCAGUACAAUCAGACAAAGGACAAUAAGCCUUCAAGUGAUAACUGUCAGGAUCAGUCACGUUCAAGAAUUCCAGUGAGACAUCACAGCCGUGGUGUUACUUUGGGAACUCCAGCAACACAAUCAACAGGAAAACAAUUUGAAAAGCCCCUUCAUGGUGUGACCUCAUGUUUACAGAAUCAGGAGCUGGGAACUGAUGUUACCAUACAACAUCAGAAGCAGACCUCAUCACAAUUGAUACAGUUCUUGCAAACCAAAUGUAGAAGCGAUUUGUUGACCUGUUUUCCAGGAAGGGUUGAGCCGAGUGUUGACAGUGCCACACAUGACGACAUGUCUCCUUCGAUAAUAGAAGGGACUCCAUCUGAAGUGAAAGGCAAGCCUGUCUAUGAUAAUCUGUACCAAGGAACAAAUGGCUUGCUAAUUGCUACUUCUGCCCCAGUAUUCGAGGUGCAGGAAGACUUUGUUGAUGGUGCAUUGAGGUGCACUUAUAUUGUUUCCACAAAGUAUGAAUUGUGGGAUAUUGGUGAUAUAUUCAUAGAUGAAAACCUUAUUUCGUCAAGGCGUUCUCAGCAAGUAGAUGUGUUGGGCUCAACUUCAGGGGCCUGUACAGAAACCAAAGAGGAAGCUUCCAGUGUUCAAAGGCAUAUCACUAGUGGAGUUGGGGCUUUAGGCCCAAUGGGGCAAGAUGACAAUCUGGCAAUAUCUAAGGUUGGAAAAAAGGUCCCAGUGUUCCAGGUUCGAAAGUAUGAGGAAAUGGCGGUUACAGUGACCCAUGUUGUUAGCCCUAGUAACUUUUUCAUCCAGCUUGUGGGCCCACAACUGCAACAGCUCUCCCUAGCUAUUGAUUUGCACUGCAGUCGCUCUUUUUCUGAGAUGGAUUGUAUUCCGGAUAUUGGAACCUAUGUUCUGGGAUGGUUUCCAAGGCAGAAGAUGUGGUGCCGUGGUCAGGUGAUUAAGAUAAAUGGCAUGAGAGGAGGAGCUUCAGUGAAUCUGGCGAAGGCAGGUGGUGUGCAAAAUAUCAACCUGGAGGUUUCUCCAGUUAAGGGUCAAGACUGGACUACAGAGGCAGUGUGCUGGUUUAAAGACAAAGUACAUAAUAGGACCCUGUUUGCAAGGCUGUUUCCUCAGGAGCCGAAAGUGAUGGUGGAGCUCUUCUUGGAGAAGGGAAAGAUUGGAGGCAUGAGGAGAAGCGCUUCUCUGUCGACAAGAUUGGCCCUAUGUGGACAUGCCAAUCAUUCAAUAAUAAGCCUAAACUUGAGGAAAAGCCUCAAUGAUGGACGAGACAAGAAUGUCCAGAGUGAAGUUGCCUAGGUUCUCAAUCGGAGAUCAAGGUUGUAAAAUACAGCAACACUGAGAUGAGUGUGACAGAGAUCCAGGUACAGGGAAAAAAAAUUCUUAUGUAAGGCAGCAACGUACCGUAAAUCUUUUUUUUUUGUAUGCACUCUGCAGUAUAGUUCAGGUCGUGCUGAGCUGCUGCUCAAUCAGUAUGUUUUUCCUUCUUUCUAAGUUAACUGAUUGAUUUUGUGCUGUUUGCUGAUUCAAAUAAGAUAAAAAUGAAUAUAUAAAUGCAUGUUUAAAGUUAAUCCAGACUUCUUGUUGAGGAAUGCAUGUCAUUUUGUAAAGAUUAAUAAAGAUCCUUACAUAAAUGUUGGUCCAUAAAGUCAGUUUUAAAUAAA